AAAGAAUCAAUAGCAAAUCUCGUCUCUGUUGGAGUAACCAUAUCUCUCUCAUCACUUCUUCCUUUACUUUCUUCACCGGAUAUACCUCCACAGAUUCCUCGGUUUUCCUUACUGCUUGCUUGCUAAGGAAAACAUAGUCGUCUAAAUACCCAAAAAAAUGAAGGAAAAAAAUUGAAUUAAUAAAUAAAUAAAAAUAGGGAAAAGAGAUAAAUUAAUAAAGAUAAAUAAAUUAAUAAAAAAGAAAGAAAAAUCACUUAAAAUAAAAAAGAGAUAUAGAGAAAUAAAAACCACUCCAUUUUUUUUAUUUAAUUGAUUAAUUAAUUGAAUCAAAAAGUGGCUUUUUAUUAUUUAAAGUCGCGUCCCCGUCCGGGCAGUGCCGAUCAGUCUCUGUUCCGUCGAAGUCUCCGCCCUCCUUCCCCAAGUCGCCGCCCGUUCUUUGCCGCUCCCUCCACCGUCCAUCCUCUUUCCGGUACGAUCUAUCGCCAUCCUCGUCUCCCUCAUCUUGCCGCUCACCUCGUCUCCCCUGCUUUCCACCACCUCCCUCGCUCUCCAAACCCUAGAAGCCCUCGACCCUCUGAUCGGCUUCAUCAGCCUGUUCGCCCUCAUGGCCGAAUCUCCCUGCGGCUUCCCCAUCUCGGAUUACUUUUCCUCCUUCGCAUCCAACUUUAAGAAUCCCUUCCCCACUCUCAGGUCGUUCAGCUUCCACCACCACCGCCACCUUCGCCCCUCGUUGAGGACGCUCGUGAAUCUCUUCGCUGAAGAACCGAAGCGCCCCAAGUUAGUUCUCUACACCACCUCGCUCCGCGGCAUCCGCCGCACCUUCGAGGACUGCUGCGCCGUCCGCGCCAUCCUCCGUGGCUUACGCGUCGCCGUCGACGAGCGCGACGUCUCCAUGGACGUCUCGUUCCGCAUCGAGCUGCAGUCCUUGCUGGGCAAGGGCCGGCCGUUGGCGCUGCCCCAGGUGUUCAUAGAGAACCGGUGGCUCGGCGGGGUGGAGGAGAUCUGGCAGAUGAACGAGGCCGGGGAACUAGGCCGGAAGCUCGAGGGCGUCGCCGCGCAGGACCCUACGUUUGUCUGCGACGGCUGCGGUGGGGCGCGCUUCGUGCCGUGCUCGUAUUGCCAUGGAAGCCAGAAGGUCUUCGUGGAGAAGGAGGGGAGGAAGCGGCGAUGCGACGAGUGCAACGAGAAUGGGUUGGGUUUUUAAGAGGAGAUAACACCAAAUUAUUGCCCAUCAGUUUGUGGAGAGAAUUCAGAAUAAUGGUCAAUUGGUCAUUCAUAAGCAGCUGGGAAUCUCAAGAGC